AUGGGAGGCUAGUUAAACGACUGUGGCACCACGCUUGUGAGUUCUGUUUUCUGGCGGAAACGUUGCGACACAUUACGCGGACGCCGCGGGAGUAGUACGACGACCAGCCGGUAUUUUAAAAGAUGGGAGCGUACUUGUCGGAACCGAUUACGAAGAAGGAGUCGAGCGACGAAGUGGGAAAGAAUGUCGCGUACGGUGCGAGCUCUAUGCAGGGCUGGCGGAUCAGUCAGGAGGAUGCUCACAAUUGUUGCAUACAUUUCGAUGAGAACGUUUCGUUAUUCGCUGUAUACGACGGUCAUGGAGGACACGAGGUUGCUACGUACUGCGCACGUAAUCUCCCUGAUUUUAUCAAACAGACAGAAGCUUAUAAAACAGGCGACAUUAGGCAAGCUUUAAUAGAUGCUUUCCUCGGUUUUGAUGAAACUCUUACAAAACCGGAGGUAAUCAAUAUUCUCAAAGAACUCGCAGGAACAUCCACAUCAGAGAAAAAGGAGAGUGACUUGAACGAAUCUGAUGAAGAAGAAAAUGUUAGUAAUCUGUGUAUGGAGGCAACAAUGCCAUUGGAGCAAGUAAUGGCAAAAUAUCAGUCAGAGGUGUCAAAUCCUCAUCUAAAAAAUCUGAAAGGCGAAAAAUGUGGUAAACGCGCAUUCGUGAGUCCUUUUUUGCGAGGUCGGAGAGGACGAGAGAAAGCAAGUGGUUCAUCCUCUGGCGCAGGAUGUUCAUCUUCGCCGUCACCGCCACCAACAUCAUCAUCGUCUUCAUCCUCAUCCGGUUGGAAUACAAAUGAAACAGACGUAAGUAGUUCCAGCCAGCCGUGUGGAUCGGCUCUGUCUAGCACAGUGGAGCGAAAAGAUUCCGAUGGUCCGGGAAGUAAUGAAGCUGAGCAAGUACUGGAUUCGACAACGAGCAAUGGCAGUGCUCAUGCGUCUCCACCAGUGGUAUCUACUGAGGAUAUAGAAACUGCUAAAUCUAUGGAUAUGCCUGAUAGCUCUGAAGAUGUAAAAGAGAAAGUAUCGAGUCCAGGCAAAGCGCCACCAUGCGCGGAGUCUAAUGCGAAUGAGGUGGAAGUUAAUGGCGCAGAAUUGAAGAGGAUCGGAGAUGCAGACAGCAGUAAAGGUGGAGGAGACAAUGUGUCGAGCAGUUCUUGUAUUCCUGUGGAAAACGGAGAUGCGGGUCAGCAAGAACGGAUAACUAGCAGUGGUCGAAGAAGAAUUCAGCCUGUGGAUCUUUAUCAAAGUCUACUGAAAAAGGACAGUGAUGAUUCUGAGGAAGACGAUGAUGAUGAUGAAAAUGAUGAAACCUUUGAUGGCGUUCCUGAAAGUGACGGUGAUGAUACGGAAGAUGUUGAUGAGGAUGAAAGUGACGAAGAUGAUGAUGAAGUAGAGGAGGAAGAUAUAGAUGAUUCUGACGAUGAUACUGAUGAUCUCAUGGUGAACACUGAAAAGCCCGGUUCGGACAGUGGAUGCACAGCAGUUGUAGCGAUACUCAAGGAAAACGAAUUGUAUGUGGCUAAUGCUGGAGAUUCUCGGUGUGUUCUAUGCAGGGAUGGCCAGGCGAUCGAACUUAGUCUGGACCAUAAACCCGAAGACGCACCAGAAAUGGAACGUAUAGUAAAAGCAGGCGGAGAAGUGACAAACGACGGCAGAGUGAAUGGCGGCCUCAAUCUUUCCAGAGCGCUCGGUGAUCAUGCCUAUAAGCAAAACAUGGUAUUACCACCCCAGGAACAAAUGAUCUCGGCUCUACCAGACAUAAGGCAUAUUACAAUCGAUCCAGAGAAAGACGAAUUUAUGAUACUAGCUUGCGAUGGUAUAUGGAAUUUUAUGACCAGUCAAAACGUCGUUCAGUUCGUGCGCACCCGUUUAUCACAAAAUUACGAAAACAUUUCGAAAAUCUGCGAAGAGCUCUUUGAUCAUUGUCUUGCACCGGAUACUCUCGGCGAUGGAACGGGCUGCGAUAACAUGACUGCCGUAAUAGUUAAAUUUACAUCACAGGCAACUGAAAUUGUUAAAAAUAAUACCGUUGCUGAGGUAUGUGUUACAAAGAAGCGAUCGGUUUCGCCAACUACUGAGGAAAACAAUGAGUGUAUCCCGGGAGAAAACACAGUAAAUCCUUGCAAACGUGCUAAAACUGAGGCAGCUAUGUGAAUUAGGAGUCAUCACGCGUCAUGAACUGAUCUCCGGGAGCGGACGAAUGAAUGUGAGUUUAUGUAAAAUUAUAUAACAACUUUAUAUUAUUGUGUAGAGCUGGAACCAAUUGGUUAUACAGUAACAAGCACAUGAAAUAGUAUGUAAGGUGUGUUAUUCGUCGCUGCUAACAGACUGCUAGAUUGGAGCACGUGGGAUGAUAUAACUUAGUUUUGUUAAUAACGUAUAUGAAUAAUUUCUCGAUCACAAUAAAAUAAA